GCAAGAAUGUCUCAUCAGAGAGAAAAUCCUAAAAAGCAUACUACUGCAGUAUUAUAGCCUGUUCUGCCACCUACUGGAGACUUUGACUGUUGCACAAAGAAUCUUAACCCAGGCCGGACUUGGUGCUAUGUGACCAGAUGGGGGCAGCCUAGAUCAGAGCAGGUGUCUAAGACAGUAUGAAGACCAGUAGAUAGGUUGUGAAUACUGUUGCCUAACUAAACUAGAUGUCUUCGACCAACAGGUGUUGUCUUGCAGAAGCCUUCACUCUCCACAAACCAAUCCUAUUCUGCCUUCUUGCAUGGAGAGGAGGUCCACCUCACCUGCACUCUUCCAUCCCGUAUCCUCUGUAAUGCUGUGGAGUUCAUCUUCUAUCUGAAUGGAGACUCUGUCAUGAACGUGACCGUUGGAUCCUCCCAGCCCAGGGCUACUUUAACAAAGUUUAAGAUGGAUGCUUCACACCAGGGCAGUUACCGCUGUCUCUACAGAACCCUCUCCAACAGCCAAGCCAUCAGCUCCCCUUACAGCAACGUUACUAAAGUGGUCCUGCUACAGCCCAACAUCUCUUUCAGUCCUCCAAAUGGAGGGAUGUUUUGGGAACCUCAGGGGCCAGAGGUGAUCAGGGGCCACAGUUUCUUCAUCACCUGCUCCAUUCAGCCACAGUAUCCUGGAGGCCUCUUCUAUCUGGACUUCUCUGGGUCCAACAGGACUGAAACUAAGCCAGCAGUCAACCACUCUGCCUCCUUUCACGUUCCUGUUGCAGACUAUACAGACCAGGGGAAAUACAGCUGCAGCUAUGUAGUCAACGUCUCCACCCGGUCAUUCAGGUCGGCUAAUAGUGAACUAGCUGUCACCAUUAGAGCAUUCAUGGUCCCCAUCAUUGUCUCUGGAGGGACUGGUGGGGUAGCACUGCUGUUUCUGCUUCUUCUAGUCAUCUGUCUAGUCAUCUGGAGGACAAGGAUGAACAGAAAGCCAUCUACAGAGACUGACCAGGGAGAAUGUAUUGACAACAGACACCACAGAGGGGAGGACAACGAAGAGGAAGAGGACUAUGUGAAUGUUGAAAACGUCUGUUGCCAGAGAGAUCUGGAGGGAGUGAAGGGUGCAAAGACGAAUGAGAAGGAAAAAGGGCAGAGCUUUGGAAAAUCAGAGAAUGUCUAUGUCAACGAGGAGGGAAACACUCAAAGAAAUGUUUGCGGGUGGUCGGAUGAGAAAAUGAACAGUGAAGAUGAUGAAGAUGAUUAUGUUAAUGUCUCUGCUUAGGACAAUGCUGUAGCACAGGCAGGUGUGUCAGUUGGGUGUAGCUUAAGACCAAAAAUGUAAAAGUAGGCUACAAAAAAAGUUGACCAAAAUCAUUCAAAUUCACCAUUAAAAUGCAACGUCUGUUUAGCGUAUCUAUCGGCUGGCUCUAAGACUAUGCAGCAAUUAGCUCGGAGGGAAGCUGCCAGCCUGUGUACCUUUCGCUCAGCAUCGAGCAGAGACAGUACCCAACAGCUUGCUUCAGGUCAGCUAUUUAGGCAGUUCGCCGAUUGCUUUGAAUUUGAUGUCGGCAUUUGAACUUGGCCUUGUAAGCCUCACAGCCACUUUUAUGCACCGGCUACUUAUAUAUUGAUGUCGGUAUAGGCGGCGCAGCCAGUAGGCUAGGGGAAGAUAAGCUUCCCCUAAUGUAAAUAGAAUGACAUUUCCAAACUUAGCUAUAUAAUUACUUGUGCCUUAUACAGAAAUAAAUAACAUCAUUACAAAUACCACACCAGAGAAUUUGAUUUGACCAUAGAGAAUCAUUAGCUUCUUUUAAAAAUUAGCUGUUUGUUUUAAAUGAGUAAUUUGGGCAGCAGGCGGCAAAUAGACGACAAAAUAGUUGAUUGUUGAGUUGCAGCAGUCAGUGAAAAGCAGUUUAGUAGGCCUAUAUCAAUAUUUCAAAAUACAAUCAUAAGAAAAACAUAGUUUAGAAAGUAAAUGGCUAUUGCUGAAAAGAAAGGACUCUAGUUUGUCUUCUGAACUCCCAUUUGAGUAAACAGUAGCCUCUUAUUGGCACCAGAGGAGAACAUCAACCAUAUCCCCAAUGAGUGCACCAUAUUCACUGCCUUUAUCAUUGGAUGCCCAAAAAUUUGGGGAGACAAUUCCCUCCUCCAGGCUAGAUGGAUGUCAUAUUGUCGAAUUUGUGACUCCUUUUUGUAGGCCUAGAUUAUAUAGUUACGUUCAAGACAAGGUCGUUUUUACUCAUCUGUUUGU